UCAUUCUCUUGGCAGGAUUCUCAGUCCCUGGAUGGCUGCAUCGAGAACAUCCUCUCCGUGUUUUAUCCUCCCUUUGAAAUCACACCAGCCACAGUUCUCUGCCAGGUCUUUGAUGUGGUGGAAAAGCUCUACAGCGGGGAUGGCCUGUGCUACCUCAUCGGCUUCCUGAUUCCUGCCAAGUGCAUUUUGCAGUGGGUCCGACAAGAAGCUUGUGAGUAUCUUACUGUUCAGUAUUACAGUUCGCUCGUCCAGCAUGCAGGCCGGCCCCUUUGCAGUCAUGAGAAGAUCGUCAUUCAGAUGGCUUCUCUUGACUGAUGGACCUCGAGACUGGAGGACUUUUACCUGCAAGUGGUUCCGUACUUGAGAAGGUCUCCAGGGAUUAUAGUGAAAUGCUUGGCCAAGGACAAACGUAACGUGGAGGAGUUUGUGGUACCUCCUGCCUUGUGUGCCUCUGUCUUUGCUGUGGAAUGGCUGAGCUCCAUCAGCAGAAGGUUGGGAACCACAUUGGAAAACUGCUUGUUAGCCACAGAUGGUGAGAUAUUCUGAGUGCCUCGGGAUAAAAUAGUCAAUCCAGAAUUUAUCAGUAAGUCGAGCCGUCUUUCAGGGGGACCCCACGUCUUCCACGAGGCCAACUCAUUUGGCAUCACCCCAGUGGAGGAGCCUGCUGGUCAGGCAUGUGGGGACCCAGCGGUCGGGAAGGCCUGUGACAGUGAUGGGGAGGGAGAAGAGAGGGACUUGGCAGGUGCCUCCAUGCCCACCUCUGGCCGCCCCAAAGGAUCUUCAGCUCAGUCCGGCACUUGGCAUUGGCUGGAAGCCAAGGACAGCCAGCAGCUUAGUCGGAACAAUAGCCUUGGCUGGGGAAAUUGCGCUGGUUCAGCUCUUGCAUCGGUGCCAUCUGGGCAGCUGAGGACUCCUGACAUGCCAACUAUUAAUGUUGCAUGUUCUGUAAAUAAUGAAACAGACAGUGGUAAAUUGUUCCUAAAACAUCCUGGCGUUCCAGAGAAUUGUCCAGCUCCUUUGAUUCCCACUGCUACCUCUAUUAUUAAGGAGCCACAUUUUGCCGAGACAUUAUCAACACAUCCGGAACGGGAGCUUGAUUGGCGGUAUGCCACGUGUGGUUACAAGGAUGGAGAGGAGGCUGAAGCCCAGGCUCCGGGGAGAGGCCCGUCUGCCAGAGCGGGAGGCAGCUCAGGGUUCCCCAAGCCUUCUGCAUCCCGUCCUGAUGUUUUGGGUGUAGACCGAAUAGGCGGCCGUCUCCCGACCGAGGGGGAGAUCAGAAGCUGCCAUUCUGACAGCUCCAAACCUAGCGACCCGGAGAUGAACUCCUUGGUAUCCUCUCUCCCAGCGCUGUUUCCAGCUGUGACAUUGCCUGAGCGCACCAGGCCCAUCCCAGAGGGGGAUCAGGCCGCAGAAGCAUCAUCGAGUGGGACAGAAAAGGCCAGCGAAGAAGCUGAUAACAGCAGCCUGCCAAUGAAGAGUGUGAAUUGGGAGAUGCUUUGGAGUGGGGCUGCGUGCCUGCCAGGUACCAGAGACAGAUAUGGGCGUGCUGUGGUCAUCAUCACAAUGAGGAAUACAAUUUGGUUGUGCCCGAACUGCAAUGCCAGUGAAAUAACCCGCCUUCUCCUGUAUUUACGCAGCAUUCUCAGGCCGGAGCGCAAAGCCUUGGGCUUAACCAUCCUGGUAGAUGCCCGGCGAUCUUCUCCAGUCCCAGCUGUCUUUACAGCCUUAGGCACUUUGCAGUGUGAACUUCUCAGUUCCUUGAAGUCCCUCCACAAACAUGUUGAGAGCCAGCAGCUGCCCCAAGAAUUCGGUGGGUCGCUUCCCUAUUGCCAUCAGGAUUGGCUGCACUUCCAAAUGCGUCUGGAGCGCUUCCUUUCCGGGUGCCAAGAGGCUCGCCUGUUCCUCAAAGAGGCUGUAGAAACGGUGGAGUCCAGCAGAUGGCCGGAGAAACCCCAGGAUGCUGGUGCCCUGUUGAAGAGCUGCAGGCAAAUGAUGAGGAUGGUUCUGGAUGACCCAAGGCUGGCCAGGUGGCAGCUGGAGGGGGGUGCCCUCCUGGCCAGCCUCAGGAAGGAGGAAUCCUGCGGGACGCUGUCUGAGGACUGCAGAGAUGCUGUGAAAGUGGCUGGUGCUCUUUAUGCAGAAGUGGACGAAGGAACCCACCAGCUGGUGCUGGUCUCUAACAGGCGCAUCCGAGCCCUGGAACUGCUGAUGGGAUUGGAAGCUGUGGAGCAGUGCUUCCAAGAAAUCUGCAGCUGGAUCAAGAAUGUCGGUGCAAAGCGCCUCCUGGAGCUGAACCCCCUGGACAGUUCUCUGGCUGGGCUGCUUCAAGCCCAAAGGCAGUGCCAGGAUUUGGCACUUACGGCAGAUGAAUAUUGCCAGAGGGGAUGGGAAGCGCUGAGGAGGUGGGAUGGGGAGGAAGAUCCACUGGCCACGGGACACCAGGCAGGCUGCAGAGUCCAGCUGCAGGAGUACAAGAACCAGCUGCAGGGAUUCUGCAGAGAUCUGGAGGACACCAGGAGUCGGAUAGAGCAGGCGGUUGAGCUCUACAGAUUCUUGGAACAGGCGCACAAGUGGGCAGAGGAGGGGACGCGGUUCCUUGCCAGCCUCAGUGGGGACAACGGUUCUGCUGCUGUUGGGUCUGGUCUGCAGAACUACUGGGAGCAGCACCCAGGCAUGAGUGACACCCAAUUCCAAAAUAUGAAGAAGCUGGCCUGUCUGCUGCCAAGCAGUGAUCCUCUUAAGAAGUGGCAGCUUGUCUGGUCCCAGUGUCAGAGGACCAAGCGUGGCUUGGAGAUGAGGCUAGAAGCUGCGCUGAGGAUCCAGCAACCACCAGGUCCUCCCAACCUGAGGCCCUCGGAAGAGGGAGAGUCCCGCUUGGCCAGUCCAGACAAGAGGAGUCCUCUGGCCCAAACUCCCAACAUGGCGCCUCUACCUGAAAAGCCAGCUCAGCUUCCCACAGUAGACACUUGCAAUGGAGCUGGAGGGGGUCUGCUCCAGACUGCUUGCAGCCACUCUUGUCGGCUUGCUGUUGACACUCCUAAGCCAUCGUGCCAUCUCUGCGAUGGGGGAGACCCUCAGGAAGCCCCAGGGGAAGCCCCUUCCUCUGAACAGCUCUUCUCCAGAAGGAGACUGAGGAAGGCCCGCAGUGUUGACCUCCCCAGCUCAGAGGAACCUCGGACUUGGGCUGACCCGAGCCAUUGUGGCAGCACCGGAGUCUGGAUUAAAGGCUUAGAAGUCAGCAGCCCGGACAAACCGCAGCAUAUUAUGGAGGAGAUGGUGAGGACAGAGCAGGAGUAUGUGCGAUCUUUGCGCUACAUCCUUGACAACUAUUUUCCUGAAAUGGAGCGGGUGGACCUGCCUCAAGACCUGAGGGGAAAGCAAAGUGUCAUUUUUGGGAAUUUGGAGAAGAUGUACAACUUCCACAGCCAGUAUUUCCUGAGAGAAUUGGAGCACUGUUGCAGCCAUCCUCUGCGAGUCAGCCAUUGCUUCCUCAGACACAAAGACCAGUUUGGGAUGUAUGCCUUGUAUAGUAAGAACAAGCCCCAGUCUGACUCCUUGCUGGCCAGUCACGGGAAUGCUUUCUUCCGGUUCAAGCAGAUGCAGCUGGGAGAUAAGAUGAACCUGGCCUCCUACCUCCUGAAGCCCAUCCAGCGCAUGAGCAAGUACGCAUUGCUCCUCAAGGAUCUCAUCAAGACGGGUGGGGAGGCCCAAGAGCAGGAGCUGGCGUACCUGCGAGCAGCGGAGCAGAUGGUGCGCUUCCAGCUGCGGCACGGAAAUGACCUCCUGGCCAUGGAUGCCAUCCGCGACUGUGACGUGAACCUCAAGGAGCAGGGACAGCUGAUGCGCCAGGACGAGUUUAGCAUUUCUCUGGGCCGAAGGAAGUGCAAGCGCCACAUCUUCCUCUUCGAAGAUCUGAUCCUCUUCAGCAAGCCUAAGCGAGUUGAGGGCGCCCUGGAUGUCUACGUCUACAAGCGCUCCUUUAAGAUGGCAGAAAUCGGCCUAACAGAGAACUCCGGGGAGAGCGGCCUGUGCUUUGAGAUCUGGUUUAGAAGGUGGAAAUCCAGGGACACCUACAUCCUGCAAGCCAGCAGCCCAGAGGCCAAGCAGGCCUGGACAAGCGACAUCACCAGGAUCCUCUGGGAACAAGCUGCCCGCAACAAAGAAAUCCGCAUGCAGGAGAUGCUGUCCAUGGGGGUUGGGAACAAGCCUUUCCUGGACAUCAGGCCCAGUGAGGCUGCCAUCCAGGACCGAGCCAUCAAUUAUAUUAUGAAAGGCAGAGGCGCCAGGACUCGGGCUUCCAUCGCUGUGUCUCUCUUUGACCACGCCAACCCUUUCAAGAGCUCUCCGGCCACUCUGUCUGCUGGCAGCCCAUCCUCCUGCUCCGGGAUUGGGCCUCUCAACCUUCACAUGUACCCGGAACAGGCCUUGCUGCCUACUGUGCUGCCCACCAACCUUCCUUUAAGGGCUGGGGUCUGCCCUGAGGAAGAUGAGAUGGAGAACGAGACGAGCAGUCAGCCCUCCAUGACCACCGAGGGCUCUGAGUCCUCCCAGGGCCUGCCUGGAAGUGGCUCCAGCAGUUCUGACAGCUGCCUUCACAACUUGUGUGAGGACUGGAGAUCCCCGCUCCCCACAGCAGCAGACUUCUUAACCUCCUCAGAUAUGGAGAAAGGCUGUUUCCCCAAGAACCAGUAUAUUUCAGCGGAAGUUUGUGGAGGAUGUCCAGGAGACAACUAG